AACGGGACCGGCGAAAGCCGAGGGGCCACAAGCAAGGAUCCGCACACGUCCCUACUCACGGUUGACAUAGUGCAUCUGGGCGGUGCCGGGAUACCCGCGCCUGAUGGUGUCAGCCCACGCGGCGAUGGGCGCGAGGUGGCAGUGCGCCGCCUCGGGAAGAAUGUGGCAAAGCUUGUCGCGGACUUGGGGGUGGAGGUGGAUCUGGGCGAUGGUGGCGACGAUCUCGUGGCCUGGUGUAAGCGAGGAACUCGAGUGCGAGGCGGGCGGAUAAGUAAGAGCAAGUUUGGCGUUAAGACGCUACAUCGUUGACGGGUAAGUGAA